UCGAAAAUUAUUUUGAAUGAAAAUAAAACUAUCAAAAUGUCAAUAUCGUUUUAAGUUUAAAAAAAAUUAUUUUGAUUUUAAAAUUAAAUAAGAAUGGCUGAAGAUGAAAAUAUUCCCCUUCCAAAAACUUUUGAAGAACUCUUUAAAAUUUAUUCAAAUUAUAAAACAAAUCCACUUGACGGUGAUAAUGAAGUCUAUGAUGAAAUUUUACUGUCGCAAAUUGAUUUUUGGUUAGCAAAAUCAAAUCUUUUAAGGAUAGUUUUUUCUACAACCGAUACGGGAAUGACAUGGAUGAAAUUUAAGUUAAAGUGGCGAUUAGAUUUUGAAGAAUUUGAAAAAUUUUUAAAAGAAAUUUGUGAUGCAAAGGAAGUAGAUUUUGAAGAAAUCAAAACCAAAAUGACGGAAACUGGUCCACCAGGUCCUGAUAUUGAGCAGCAAGUGGCUGUCAAGUAAAAUUGACAAUGAAAUAAAUUAACACCCUAAAGAGGCUGUCCAAAAAAUCUGUUUCUCUUUUAUUGUUAUAAGUAGGGUUUUCAUGUAAUUAAUAAAUUUA